GGCGCAGGCACAAUGAGGGAAGGGAGAGGCAGCGUUUCCUCAUGAUUGGCUGCACAAUCUCCAGCCCACCUUGUGCAAAAGCAUCAUUAUGUGUCUCACCCUAGCAACCAGGAGAGAGGAGCUGGGAGACAUAUAGGGGAAUCCUCGGAGUGGGAUCCACCUGCAGAAAAGCCGUAUUUCAUAUUUAUAUAUAUAAUUUGUUUCAGCAGGCGGCUGCACCUCUGUGUCUCCUCUUCUUGCAGCCCUAGAGGCAACCUGCAAACAUGAGUCACCCAUAUAUCGGACCCCUCUCAGCUUACAACAGCCUCACAGACAAACAUCUAAAAGGAUAUUUUAACAAUACCCGGAUUAGAAGACAUCUUAAGAGUGCUGGCCUGAUCACAAGAAGCGGCCGGAUACUGACAGAGAAGGAAUACAGAAUUAAUGCCAUGCGACGGGACCACCAUAAGUACAUCAGGGAAUGUCUGGCCCAGGCAAUAUUUCACAAGGUCCUUGAUAUAGAACGGCGCCACCAAAUUGAUAUAAGACGAAAGCUGGAAACAUUUGCCAGGAAAGAACGGGUUCAAAGGAUUAAGGUGGAUCAUUCCAAGAAGACUGAAGAGGAGACGUUCCCAGCAUUCUCUCCUCACCCCCCUACAGGACCUAAAAGUGGGACCAACCGGCAUCGGACAAACCACGACCAUUCCGAUUCAUCGGACUCUUGUUCUACACCCCGACCAAAGACUGCACCAAGCCUUAUGCAGCGCCCGGCACGGCUAGAGCCUCUACCGGUAUACUCUUCAUCCGGGAAUGUACCAAAAAUGUCCACGGCUCCACGGCAAAAUUACUUCUUCAAUGAGGAAGACCCUCGAUUCACCAGCGUGACUGAUAAAGAUAUCAUGCGAGCAAUGAGCACCAAGGAACAUUCCAUGGGAAUUUCUCCGUAUCGGCUUCCCAUCAUUAACAACUUUGUGAUGCCUGUUCCGCCACCCCCUCAGAAACACCCUAAACAGACAAUGAGCACAUCAUCCAGAGGGAGACGCUAUCGUCCCAUCACUGCUCCUAACGGACAUGAGAUCCCCUCUAAGGAUACCGGAAAGUUUCAUAAAACGUCCUUGCACAGUAACGUGAAGAUUACCAUGGUCUACCUGGGGACAAAUGUGCAUUUAUCACACGAGUACGAUGACUACAGGGAUGACAUAAAGGUCUUCCAGCAGCACUGUGGGGGAGAAAACCUCUGCGUUUUUAAAGGAAGACUCCUGGAAGACGAGCGCUUUACGUUGGUCUCCAGACGGCACCGCGGCUUCCCGUUCAGCCUCACCUUUUACAUUAAUGGGAUCCAGGUGGACCGGUUAAGCUCUUGCUGUGAAUAUAAGCAUCGCAAGGGAGCGCGGCUUGGGGGCAAAAAUGGAUAUUUCCGGUUCGUCAACAUCGAGGGAGCUUCUCCUUGUUACAGGUGCAUCAUUGCAAUGGGCCUGGAUAAACAGCCAUCUCCACCGCCAAAGAGCAGGACAAAGCAAGAGAACAAGGAGGAUAAGGACGAGGAGGAAGAACCUGAGGUUUCUGAGACCAUUUACUAUGAUGAAGUUGAUCGUAAAACAGUACAAACACGAGCAGUCAAUGAUGAUGAUGACGACGAUGAGAAAAUAGAAGAUAAAUCAAACAUGGACUAUGAAGAUGAAGGAGAAGAAGAAGAAAAGAACCAGGACACCAAGACGGACGAGUACGAUGCAGAUAAUGAAGCCAAGGACGACUAUGAUGAGGAUUUUGAAGCGGAAGAAGACAAACCUGAUGAGAAACUUAAUGAAGAAGGACAGGUUGAUGAUCAAGUGAAUGAGAAGUCAAAGUCACCCUCGAAUGAUGAAAAAGAUGAUUUAAACCAGGAAGGGGGAAGUAGCGCGCCAUCAAACACUGCGCCAGAGGCUGGUGACAGCGAGAGAGAUGAAACAGAUGGGCGUUGUGACAGCGACGACGGAGAGAAUAAACAAGGAAAACAUAGCGUAGCUGAAGAGGAUAUGAACUCAGCUGCAAGAAAAAUCCAGAUUCUUUAUAGAGAACGUAGAGUUCGGAAGCCGAACAGUCAGAGGAAUAAAACAGAUAGGAAACACGAGGAAUCCUUUUCAUCGAACAGCUCAGUAGAUAGUAGCUCAAGUGAAGACGGCGCAGAUAGCGAUGAUGAUGAUGAUGAAACAGAGGGUGUCAGGAGAAAAACUUCUAAGGAAACGCUAAAAGAGUCGGACGAUCAUUCCGAAGCACAAACUCAUGUAGAGAAGGAUCCCGAGCCGGAGGAGGCGGCGGAUGAGGGAGAUGAGCCAACGGAGGCACGUCCUGAGGAAGAUGACUUGGCGGAGAACGAGGACGGUGACAUGGAUGAGCCGCAGGAAGACCUAGCAAAGGACGAACAGGAAACGGAUGGCGUCAGUCUGGCCGAACAAGAGCAGAACAAUGAGAGUGCAACUUUAGGUGACAUGGAUGAGGACAGGCCAGAGGUAGAGGAUGACUUAGUUAAUAAGCGGGACAGUGAAGAGGAAGGUGACUGCAAAUCCGUCCAGGAAAAAAUAGCAGAGGCUAUUGGCAGUAAGCAACAUCUGGAUUCCGAGCCGGAACCUAGUGACUCAAGUACGGACGAAGAGGACAACUUUAAAGGCAUCUUCACUGCACAUAAACUUUUGGUUGAAGGUGCUGUACUAGAUAAACCGGGUACAACUUUUCUGGAAGAUAAUAUAUCAAAGCAAAUGGGAGGCGAACAUGGAGAACUACAGGGAUCUUGUACAACUGUGCUAGCAGGUGACAUAAAAGAUGGAGCAGGAGAUUCAGAUCAAAUAAUGGUUAAUGAAGAGGAAGAAUUUGAAAUACGAAGUGAAGAUCUAUCAAAAGAAGCAACAGAACUUGAUUUAGAAGCAAACAAUGCCCAAUUAGUGGAGACAAAUGAGGACAGAGAUUUGGUAGAUAAUAUGAUUUUACAAUGUGCCAGUGCAGAAUUACAAACAGCAGGGCUUAAUGUUGAGGACUCGCAAAGAGAGAGCAUCAAUGAGGAACAUACCGGUCAAUCAGGUGAUGUAAAUGAUGAGAAUGAAGAAGCAGCUGGUGAAGUAGAUGAUGUGACUGAGGAUGCACCAGGCGAACUAGAUGCCGAGAAUGAGGAUGCGAAAGGUAAAGUAGAUGGCGAGAAUGAGGAUGCACCAGGUGAAAAAGAUGCUGAGAAUGAGGGUACACCAGGUGAAGUAGAUGCUGAGAAUGCACCAGUUGAAGUAGAUGCUGAGAAUAAGGGUGCACCUGGGGAAAUCAAUGCUGAGAAUGGGGGUACCCCAGGUGAAGUAGAUGCUGAGAAUGAGGGUGUGCCAGGUGAAGUAGAUGCUGAAAAUGAGGGUGCACCAGGUGAAGUAGAUGCCGCAAGUGAGGAUGCACCAGGUGAAGCAGUUGCUGAGAAUGAGGAUGAACCAGGUGAAACAGUUGCUGGGAAUGAGGAUGCGCCAACAGAAGUAGAUGUUGAGACUGAGGAUGCCCCAGGUGAAGUAGUUGCUGUGAAUGAGGGUGCCCCAGAUGAAGUAGAUGUUGAGAAUGAGGAUGCACUAGGUGAAGUAGUUGCUGAGAAUGAAGAAGGCCCUGGUGAAUUAGUUGUUGAGAAUGAGGUUGCACCAGAUGAAGUAGAUGCUGUGAAUGAGGGUGCCCCAUGUCAAGUAGUUGCUGAGAAUGAGGGUGCCCCAUGUCAAGUAGCUGCUGAGAAUGAAGAAGCAUCUGGUGAAGUAGUUGUUGAGAAUGAGGAUAUACCAGGUGAAGUAGAUGCUGAGAAUGAGGAUGCUCCAGGUGAAGUAGAUGCUGAGAAUGAGGAUGCUCCAGGUGAAGUAGAUGCUGAGAAUGAGCCAGGUGAAGUAGAUGCUGAGAAUAAGGAUGCACCAGGUGAAGUAGAUGCUGAAAAUGAGGGUGCACCAGGUGAAGCAGAUGCUGAAAAUGAGGAUGCACCAGGUGAAGUAGAUGCCGCAAGUGAGGAAGCACCAGGUGAAGCAGUUGCUGAGAAUGAGGGUGCGCCAGGUGAAGCAGUGGCCAAGAAUGAAAUUGCAUCAGGUGAAGUAGAUGCCAAGAAUGAGGGUGCGCCAGGUGAAGUAGAUGCUGAAAAUGAGGGUGCGCCAGGUGAAGUAGAUGCUGAGAAUGAGGGUGCGCCAGGUGAAGUAGAUGCUGAGAAUGAGGGUGCGCCAGGUGAAGUAGAUGCUGAGAAUGAGUGUGCACCAUGUGAAGUAGGUGCAGAAAAUGAGGGUGCACCAAGUGAAGUAGGUGUCAAGAAUGAGGGUGCACCAGAUGAAGUAGAUGUUGAGAAUGAAGGUGCACCAGGUGAUGUAGAUGCCGAGAAUGAGGAUGCACCAGGUGAAGUAGAUGCUCAGAAUGAGGAUGCUCCAGGUGAAGUAGAUGCUGAGAAUGAAAGUGCUCCAGAUGAAGUAGCUGCUGAGAAUGAGGAUGCACCAAAUGAAGUAAAUGGUGAGAAUAAGGAUGCACCAGGUGAAGUAAAUGCAGAGAAUGAUGGUUUACCUGGGGAUGUAGACGCCGAGAAUGAUGGUGCACCAGGGGACGUAGAUGCUGAGAAUAAGGAUGCACCAGGUGAUGUAGAUGCUGAGAAUGAGGGUGCGCCAGGUGAAGUAGAUGCUGAGAGCAAGGGUGCACCUGGUGAAGUAGAUGUUGAGAAUGAGGGUGCAUCAGGUGAAGCAGAUGCUGAGAAUGAAGGUGCACCAGGGGAAGCAGUUGCUGAGAAUGAGGGUUCACCAGUUGAAGCAGCUACUGAGAAUGAGGGUGCACCAGGUGAAGCAGAUGCUGAGAAUGAGGAUACCCCAGGUGAAGCAGAUGCUGAGAAUGAGGGUGUGCCAGGUGAAGCAGAUGCUGGGAAUGCACCAGGUGAUGUAGAUGCUGAGAAUGAGGAUGCACCAGGUGAAGUAAAUGCUGAGAAUGAGGAUGCACCAGGUGAAGUAGAUGCUGAGAAGGAGGGUGCACCAGGUGAAGUAGAUGCAGAGAAUGAGAAUGCGGCAGGUGAUGUAGAUGCUGAGAAGGAGGGUGCACCAGGUGAAGUAGAUGCUGAGAAUAAGGGUUCGCCAGGUGAAGUAAGUGCUGCAAAUGAGGGUGUACCAGGUGAAGUAGAUGCUGAGAAUGAGAAUGCACCAGUUGAUGUAGAUGCUCAGAAUGAGGAUGCGCCAGGUGAAGUAGAUGCUGAGAAUGAGGAUUUACCAGGUGAAGUCAAUGCUGAGAAUGAGGAUGCACCAGGUGAUGCAGCUGCUCAUAAUGAGGAUGCACCAGGUGAAGUAGUUGCUCAGAAUGAGGAUGCAUCAGGAGAAGUAAAUUCUGAGAAUGAGGAUGCACCAGGUGAAGUAGAUGCUCAGAAUGAGGGUGCACCAGGUGAUGUAGAUGCUGAGAAGGAGGGUGCACCAGGUGAAGUAGAUGCUAAGAAUGAUAAUGCAUCAGGUGAUGUAGAUGCUCAGAAUGAGGAUGCGCCAGGUGAAGUAGUUGCUCAGAAUGAGGAUGCGCCAGGUGAAGUAGUUGCUCAGAAUGAGGAUGCACCAGGUAAAGUAAAUUCUGAGAAUGAGGAUGCGCCAGUUGAAGUAGUUGCUCAGAAUGAGGAUGCUCCAGGUGAAGCAGUUGCUCAGAAUGAGGAUGCACCAGGUGAAGUAAAUGCUGAGAAUGAGGAUGCGCCAGGUGAAGUAGUUGCUCAGAAUGAGGAUGUGCCAGGUGAAGUAGUUGCUCAGAAUGAGGAUGCACCAGUUGAAGUAGUUGCUCAGAAUGAGGAUGCACCAGGUGAAGUAAAUGCUGAGAAUGAGGAUGCGCCAGGUGAAGCAGUUGCUCAGAAUGAUGCACCAGGUGAAGUAAAUGCUGAGAAUGAGGAUGCACCAGGUGAAGUAGUUGCUCAGAAUGAGGAUGUGCCAGGUGAAGUAGUUGCUCAGAAUGAGGAUGCACCAGGUGUAGUAAAUGCUGAGAAUGAGGAUGCGCCAGGUGAAGCAGUUGCUCAGAAUGAUGCACCAGGUGAAGUAAAUGCUGAGAAUGAGGAUGCACCAGGUGAAGUAGUUGCUCAGAAUGAGGAUGUGCCAGGUGAAGUAGUUGCUCAGAAUGAGGAUGCGCCAGGUGAAGUAAAUGCUGAGAAUGAGGAUGCGCCAGGUGAAGUAGUUGCUCAGAGUGAGGAUGCACCAUGUGAAGUAAAUGCUGAGAAUGAGGGUGCACCAUGUGAAGUUAAUGCUGAGAAUGAGGAUGCGCCAGGUGAGGCAGAUGCUCAGAAUGAGAAUGCGCCAGGUGAUUCAGAUGCUCAGAAUGAGGAUGCGCCAGGUGAAGUAGAUGCUGAGAAUAAUGGUCAAAAUACAGAUGACAAUGAGGUUGAGCACACGGCCUCUUCAGUGGCACAGAUAGACAAUGAUAAUGAUGCCACUAAAAUGAACAAUGAAGCUGCUGAUGCAGGGACUGAAGAAGAAUUAAAGGAGAAAGAUGCAGCUCAAGAACCCACAGAUGUGGAAGAGGUUGGAGGCGCACAGGAAUCACAUGGUGACGGCACAAUACCUGGUGUCCUGACUAGCGCUGGGGAAAAUGUGGAAUCAGCUGAAAUAAGAAAUGAGGGAUGAGAAUGUGUUACUGAAUCCCAGCUAGAGAUGAGCGCACUCCAAGUCAGUCGCUUGGAUGAAGAAAAAUAAUAACAGAAGACUGCGGUUUUAUUUUGUGGACAUAUUUUUGUCGCAGAUAUUUUACAGUUCUGAUGGAAAGCAAAGCCGAGUAAAAAUGUGUUUUUUUAAAUAUUUUUCUAUACAUAUUUGCAUUAUAUAAACAGAGUUCUAUAUAUAUAUAUAUAAUAUUUUAAUGUAUGAGAAUUUACAGAAAAAAAUCUAAAUCUCAACUCACAAAAGUUGAAAAAAAGAGGAAGCACUUUCAGGUAUUAAUGCAUCUUGUUUACAGAAGCCUGUGUUCCUGUUCUAGACAUUUAUUUAUUUUGUGGGUCAAUUGUGAGAGUUCUGAGAUAUCCAUUUAGCACAGCAAUCCUAGUAGGAAUGGUAAAUAUACUUUAUUGUCAUUGCAGACGUUUGAUUAUUCCAAAUAUUAUUUCAUCUCUCUCUAUCUCUCUCUCUAUCUGUCUAUCUAUCUAUCUAUCUAUCUAUCUAUCUAUCUAUCUAUCUAUCUAUCUAUCUAUCUAUCUAUCUAUCUACAGUAUCUAUCUAUUCACACUAUACUGAUUUAAAUUAUCUGUUACGUGGUCGUAAGUGGGUUCUUUUCCCAAAGAUCUUACAACGUAGCAUCAAAAUCACUAAAUGUCGCUUAUGUAAUGAAAAUCGUCAGCAAGGUCAAAAACUGGAGCUUUAAUUGUGAGAGAAUUACAGAAUUAAAUGUAAAAAUGCAAUCUAUGUACUAUUCAGCUGAAAAAUAUACACUUAGGGGAGGUGCUUAUUUAACUAAGCAGGCAGUGACUGACAGCUGGGCAGACUUGCUCUGCAAAAGUGCACAGUGUGGAUUGGUUAAUUCAUAGACAGGGCGGGGCCAGUGCUAUUACAUACAUACUGUCCUGAGGUUGGAAUGUCACUAAGGUAUGGGGGAGACCUUGUCUCGUUUUCUAUUAUGCCCCUCCGGAGGGCGCUACCUAACCUGAUGGGCACGGGUGUGGUGCCACAUUAUCAUCAUUGUGGGCCCUACAACCCCGCUAUUUAAAGCCCAGUUCGUGGGAUUUUACACUGCACAUAAUCGCGAUUCCGCCCCUCUGUUCAAAACCGUGAUUUGUGGUAUUUUACAGUGGGGGGCACAAUUCUGUGGAAAUUGCAAAAACACCAAAGACAAUUAAGUUUUUGUGAUAUGAUUGACCGUGUUGCUGUGUUGGGACCCACCAACAAUAAUUCCCAGAGUGCAUUUGUGCAGAGCAAGUCUACAAGCUGGUCACUCAAACUCUGCUGAUUCUGUAAGAGAAAGACCGCUGUUCUGGCGUUGAAACUUUGUGGGGGCAAAGGGUGAGGGCAAAGAGUGAGUGCAAAGGGUUCUCCGUAUUGGGGCACACCUUCAAUCUUAACAGUACAAUAAAACUUUUGUUGGAUUAAAAAAUAGGGAGCUACCGUAGCACUGCUGUAUUAGUGUGAACGUGAGCUAAAUACAUAUCAUUUCUCAUCUACGGUUAGUUAUACCCGGUCUGUGAUACAUAGUCAUUUCCAAAUAGUGGGUUUAUUUUUAAUAUUUUAUUUAAUCUGUAAUAAAAAAAAAAUGAGCAAGAACUGGCAGCUGCCGCACAUUCCAGGGUUUCAUGGUGGAAAGCUUUGAUACCGCCGUAGACGCGAAGCUGAUAUGCAAACAGGCUUCUUCAUGUGGAACGUUUCCAGAUAUUAUUUUUGGAACUCCCAUCGUUAGAGUCGGUCUUAUUACUGAGAAAUGACCUUGCGUGACCUUCCUGGGGUGCAGGCAGCGAAAGAGAGUUUUGUAAUGAUUAUUUUCUUACUAAGUGAAACCAGCAUUUGCUUCUGCAUCAGUAUAGCUAAAUAUACAAUAAUAUGACAUUAUUUUAUGCCUGGCAUACUCAUUAGCAGCUGUCAGUGUUAUACAUUUUGGGCUUUGGCCAAUGUUAUGUUUGUGUGAAUCUCGCCAGACUCCUGGGAACUUUCUAACCGGCAAGUACUUUAGGUUUUGAAUAAGUUAUAUAUUGAUGAACAAAAAUGAAUAUAUAGAAAGGAGACCCAUUUUACUGCUAUAUCUGACAAACAGGCAUCAUUAAUAUGUAUACUGGCUCAUGAUAAUGUUGCUGAGUAGGGGUAGUUGAUGCCUGAUGCCAUAUUCUGCCACAUUAUUGUACCAGAAAGACAAGUACUGUAUCUUACAGUUUGAUCAUUAAGCUGGAGUAAUGUUUGCAGGUUGGCGGUACGGGAUUCUAUGCAGAACAUACACGUGGCCAGCAGGGGGCAGUUGCUCUGAUAUAACGUUACUCAAAAGGGACUGUGAGAAAUCGAUUCGGCCAUCGGUCAUCCUCCCAGUGUAAGGCUCUCAGAAUGCAGGGCACCCGUGUGAGAUCAAGGUCGCUCAUGCCACAAAGUUCAGCUCUUUAGGUCCCAAACAAAGUGAAGCUACAUUAUUACCUAUUAAUUAGGAAGCGUCAAGUGUCUGCAUUAUGGGGAAAAUAAGCAGCGAGAUUUACAGACUUCAUAUAGAAAAGGUAGAGCACAAAUAAUGGAAGUGAUUCCCCAUCCGAGUGAUGCCGGGAGUGAUUGACCACCCUAGUGAUGCUGGAAGUGAUUCCCCACCCUAGUGAUGCCAGAAGUGAUUGGCCACCCUAGUGAUGCUGGAAGUGAUUCCCCACCCUAGUGAUGCCAGGAGUGAUUGGCCACCCUAGUGAUGCCAGGAGUGAUUGGCCACCCUAGCAAUGCCGGGAGUGAUUGCCCACCCUAGCGAUGCCAGGAGUGACUAGCCACCCGAGCGGUGCCAGAAGUUAUUCCCCACCCUAGCAAUGCCGGGAGUGAUUGGCCACCCUAGUGAUGCCGGAGUGAUUGGCCACCCUAGUGAUGCCAGGAGUGAUUGGCCACCCUAGCAAUGCCGGGAGUGAUUGCUCACCUUAGCGAUGGCAGAAGUGAUUGGCCACCCUAGUGAUGGUGGAAGAGAUUGCCCGCCAUAGCGAUGCCGUGAGUGAUUGCCCACCUUAGCGAUGCCAGAAGUGAUUAGCCACUUGGCUCAUUCUCCACCAGUUUGGCCACCUGUCUAGAUGGCCAAAUACGACAUUGAUACUAUUACUUGGGCCAAGCGGCAGGAUUAGAGUACAGUAGAGGGGUGAUUGUGUCAUACAGUAUUGCGUCUAUAACAGAUCUGAUCAUUGUGUAGUAAUGCGGUAUUAUGGGCACUGUGGUUCUGAGUUACACUUUUUAUUUCCACCACCUUUUUACCAACCAAUAACAAUUAAUUCUGUAAUACUGGUUACAGCUUCUGUUUGAUUUAGUUGCAAUUUUUAGGGACACUUUCAAAUGUUUUACUGAAAAUAAUGAGGACUUGCUGCAAUGUUACAUUUAUGUUUAUUAGAAGAUUACAAAAUAGUAUUUUUGUUUUAACAAUGGAUUUCUCUGUUUUUCAUGGUUUUAUUUGUGUUACUUCUAUUGUUAUGCCUCAAAUAAUAAAAGUGUUUACUGAGACCGAA